AUGAAGAGAGAAAGAGAGGUUGAUAGUUUAACCAUGGCGAAUUGUUUGAUGUUGCUUUCUCGCGGAGGUGAAUUUGAGGCCACAUACUCAAGUUCUUCUAUGAGCAACCGAGUCUUUGAGUGCAAGACAUGCAAUAGGCAAUUCCCUUCAUUUCAAGCCCUUGGUGGCCAUAGGGCUAGUCACAAGAAACCUAGGUUGAUGGCAGGAGAUAGUAUUGAAGGCCAAUUGCUUCAUGAUUCACCCCCAAAGCCAAAGACUCAUGAGUGCUCCAUUUGUGGAUUGGAGUUUGCUAUAGGGCAAGCCUUGGGAGGUCACAUGAGGAGACACAGAGCUGCAACUUUGAAUGCAAACAUGCAGAAUUCCACCACUAUCAGCAGUAGUAGUGGUGGUAGCAGUAGCGAUUCUUCAACCAAGAACAAAGUUCGCGACAAGAGAGUUUUGGUUUUGGAUUUGAAUUUGACACCCUUUGAGAAUGACUUGGAGAUUUUGAAGAUUGGAAAACCAACUACUUUAGUUGAUUAUUUGUAUUAA